GAAAGACUAGUCCAUCAAUGAAAUAGUAAAGAGAGGCAGAGAGGAGAGAGAGAAAGCAUUCCCGACUGUAAUUAAAGGAAGCGAUUCCUUUGCUAGUGUCCUACCGCGAAGACCAAGGAUCAGAAUGAAGUUUAUUAUUGGAAUAGGAGGUGUGACCAAUGCAGGCAAGACGACUUUGACGGAAAGACUCAUAAAGAACUUACCAAACUGUUGUGUUAUACAUCAAGAUGAUUUUUUCAAGCCCCAAGAUCAAAUAGAGUUCGGGGAGGACGGCUUUAAACAAUGGGAUGUGAUUACCUCCUUGGACAUGGACGCCAUGGUGAACACGGUUAAGGGAUGGAUGGAGAACCCAGAGAAGUUUGCACGUUCCCACGGCGUGACCGUUUCACCCAAAUCUGACAGCUCUGACCCUGAGCACAAGAUCCACAUACUCAUUAUAGAGGGAUUUCUUCUUUAUAACUACAAGCCUUUGCUUGAUGUCUACAGCAAGUGCUACUAUGUCACCAUUCCAUACGGGGAGUGCAAAAGAAGAAGAAGUAUGAGAACGUACACCGUUCCUGACCCUCCUGGUCUGUUCGACGGCCACGUGUGGCCCAUGUACUUGAAAUACAGGCAGGAGAUGGAAAACAACCGCCUAGAUAUCCAAUAUCUGGAUGGAAUGAGAACAAAAGACGACCUCUAUAACCAAGUUUAUAAAGGCAUCCAGAACUCCCUGUUGAAUGUCUUAUAGCAUCUCCAGUUUUGUGUGUGUGUGUGUGUGUGUGUGUGUGUGUGUGUGUAUAGAACUGUAAAUAGCUUCUGCCACUAGACGGAUUUUGUAAAUAAAUACUAACUUAAUUUAAAACUGAUGGCAAAAGCCUGUGAUUUUAUAUUUAUAUAACUUUGUUUUAUUAAAAACAAGUAUUACUCUCUGGGAUGCCCAGAGAUGAACAGUUUAUGGCAAUUAUGACCUUGUUUUCAUUUCACUGUAGCCAAAGCUCUACCAUCUUCAAUCAGAACAGACAUCUGUGUGGUGUUUUCAUUCUCAACAUUGGGACAUGUGUAGAAAACAUUGAACUUUUUAUGAUUUCAAUUUCUGGACUAUGAUGGAUGAAUGUAAAGGGGAAAACAAAAUAUCUAAUCAAAUUAUUUAAUAAAAAUGUUGAAAUAAA